AUGGACGGGGAGCAGGCGGCGCGGUGGGCGGCGGCGCAGGAGGGGGUCCCCGUCGGGGCGGACCUUGUCGCGGCGGCGCUGCGGCAGCUGCAGUUCCUCGCGGCGGUGGACCGCCGCCGGUGGCUCUACGAGGGCCCCCUACUCGACCGGGCCAUACGCAGGUACAAAGCAUGCUGGCUUCCCCUUCUUGAUAAGCACACUAAGGCUGCGGUUGUAGAUGGCCCAUUGGUUGUUCCUCUUGAUUGUGAGUGGAUAUGGCACUGCCAUCGGCUUAACCCGGUUCAGUACAUAAGGGACUGCAAGAAAGUAUAUGGUAGAAUACUGAACAAUAACAAUGUUGAGUCGUCCACUCAAACAAAAUCAACACUUCAGUCAGAAAAGAUUUGGAAAGAGUUGUAUCCUGAGGAGCCCUUCGAAUUGGUGUUCACAAGAACCUCUGACAUUGCGAUGGAUGUGAACCCUGGAGCUGCAGAGGACAUUACCUAUGAUCUGGUGUCUGCUGUUAAGAGGCAAUCCUCUUUCUAUUAUCAGGUUGGAACACCAACAAUGCAUGAUCCACGGUUUCUCCAAGAAGCUCUAGCUCGAUACAAGGCAUUUCUGUACCUGAUCAAAAUGAAUCAAGAAAAAGGAUUGCAACGCUUCCGUGUACCGACCUACGAUGUGGAUCUCUUGUGGCACACUCACCAGCUGCAUCCUGUUACCUACCGCGACGACAUGGUGAAGCUUCUUGGAAAAGUUCUGGAGCAUGAUGACACCGAUGCUGAUCGAUCUGAAGGAAAGAAACUUGAUGUUGGAUUCACUGAGACUACUGAACAGUUUGAGAGUACCUUUGGUCUAAGAUACUGGAAGGCUGGAUGUAUGUACCGUGGCAACAUGCCAUCUCCUGUGACAUCCACUCCUCAGAUAUUCAGUACUGAGGUUGGAACGGGGUCUGACAUCUGCAAAACUCAGAAGGAUCUUAAUGCCCUCGAUAUAACAUCUGUAGAGUUAUAUUUACAAAUUGUGGACAUCAAGAAUUUGCCAUCUGCUGUUCGAAAAGAAAAUGUGUAUGUACGGUUCACCAAGAAUCAAUCAGAUAUGUUUAUCAGUGACGGUGGCAGGUUGGAUAUUUCAACAGUUACAGGGAAGAACACUGGAGUUUGUUUACAGUGUGAACCUACCGGAGAACUCAUUCUUGUAGUAAUGGUUGAUCAGGAUCAGAACAUGAGCACCUGGACUCGUUUCGUAUAUGAUUGUGGUACUGAGCUUAUCCGUCUUCAGAUAAGAGAGCACAAGGCAAAGAAUGGCAUGGCUUCUGUUCGAGAAUUGGUUGGAGUAUUGAAGUCACCAAAAAAGCAAUUUCAGCUUGCAGAAUUCAAGGAAAAUAAGUGGACCCUAAAAGACUCCAACUUGUCAAUUAGUCAUGGCACUGAUGGCAGUCUACUCGAUCUCAAAGGUUUCAACCAACUGAUCAAGCUCUAUCAGGGAAGGAAACUGGAAUACGAGCGCAAAUGCUGCAGCGCUCAUUCUGAGGAUGUUACAGCUGUUACUGCUGUAAAGUUCUGUGCUGAACAUCCAUAUGGCAAAGCUGUUGCCUUGCUAGACACUGAAUCUCAGCUUAUCAUGGUGAAUGAGGAUUGGUUCCUACUUCCAUGGAUCACGACAUCGGUCCUGUUCAUGGACGCCGAUGACAAGGACAGUGUGAAACUUAUCGGUGGUGCCAUGGCUCAGAAGGAUGCAUUGUUUGGAUCUGACACUAGCAUUGUGCUAGAGACACAGACUGUCGGAGCAGGGAGCGUGGCAACGGCUCCUGCACAAUGUGGCACUUGCAGCACGGCGUUCGGUGGUGACAAAGUUGUGGUGGGCUUCAAGGCUGAACAUGCUAGCUCAGGUGCUUCUCGCACAGUCGUUGCAAGUGGUGAGAACGGCCACACUGAAUCUGCUGCUGGCUGUGGAAGCCGCUGUGGACCCAUGGUGGUUGAGGACUCCAAGGCCGACAAUGCCAAGUCCGGAGGCUGUGGUUCCGGGUGUGAUGGUGGCUGCGGCGGUGGGGGAGGCUGUGGGACCAUGCUGAAGGCCAGCACCAUGGCCAGUGAGGGCCAGCCCAGGUCUGGAGGCUGCGGUGGUGGCUGUGGUUCUGGCUGUGGUGGUGGCUGCGGCAGCGGCAUGGUCAUCGAAGGCUCCAAGACCAACACCGCCAAGUCCGGCGGCUGUGGCUCCGGCUGUGGUGGUGGUUGUGGCACCCUGUUCAACGCCAGCACUGCUGCCGCCCAGGGUCUGCCCAAUAAGUCAGCUGGCUGCGGCUCCGGGUGCGGCGGUGCUGGCUGUGGCAGCGGCAUGGGCAUCGAAGGCUCGAAGACCAACAAUGCCAAGUCUGGUGGCUGCGGCUCUGGCUGCGGUGGCGGUUGUGGAGGAGGCUGCGGCACCCUGUUCAGCUCGGGCGGCACUGCGGCCGACCAAGGCCAGUCCAGACCCGGGGGCGGCUGCGGCUCCGGCUCCGGCUGUGGCGGCGGAGGCUGCGGUAGUGGCAGCAUGGUCGCCGAAGGCUCCAACGGCAGGCACGCCAAGUUCGGAGGCUGUGGCUCUGGCUGCGGUGGCGGUUGUGGCGGCGGGGGUGGCUAUGGCACCAUGUUCAAUGUGAGCACCAAGGCCGGCAGUGAGGGCCAGAACUCUGUGUCCGGCGGCUGCGGCUCUGGCUGCGGCGGUGGAGGCUGUGGUGGCGGUUGCGGCACCGUGUUCAACGCAUGA